CCGUUUUGGAGAUUCGUAGAUCAGCUGCGACAACCAUGUUGUGACAAAGUUUUACCCCCAUUUUAUACCGAAUCAGAGAAAAGUGUUUUAAAACCCUAUUUUACUCAUAUUUAUUCUUCUAUACCAAUUUGUUGGGAUAUCAGCGUAUGUUAUGGAUCUGGAUCAUCGAAACGGCUAUCAUCAGUCAGAAAACUCUCACAACCAAGGAAAUGUGAUCCACAAAUGUGCGAUGUAUGAAGCGAAAAGGCCUUUGGGUGAUCGCACUGUUCUGGGAAACUUAACAAAUAGACAACGGGACGAUUCGGCACGUGAGACAUUUAUCGGCUCCCAGUUCAAUCCAAUUCACAGAAAUAGCAAGUUGAUAAAUAUAGAAGCUAAAUACUCAUCAAUAGUUUCAACUACAUUGGGUCAUGGUGAUUUGAACUCAACAUCAAGUGCAGAUAGUGGUUAUGGCAGCAUAAACACUGAAUCGAUUGUUGUGGAAUCCAAACUUACAUCCAAAUCGUUAACACAAUCACUUUUGUGCUGUAAAUCAUUGAAUUCCGAACAAGUAUCAAUAUCAAAACGACCUCGUUAUGACGAAUCUGAUACAACUUCUCAGGUAGAAGUAUCUUGCGUUGAUGAAGAUUCAGAUGAUGAUAGACGACCAUUUGAAUCAAAGCUGGCUUGUGAUAUUGUUCGAGCUGCAUUUGCUGAUCGUGUUCAGUUGGAAGAACUUUUAGCAGAAUGUAGAAGGGCCGAUUUCGCUAUUUCAGCCUUGGAUCGCUCUCCGGUUGAUCGCAUGAUGGAAGCUACAGACUAUAUUGUUGGGAUAAUGGCCUAUGAACAAACAAGGGAAGCAAAAGAAGAUUUUCAAGUGAAUGAUUUUUUGGCUGCUGGUAAGCAACCUAAUCUCAAUGCUGAUAUGUUAACAACACUAGCCGAUUGGUUGGUCGAGGUUCAAGAAAAUUUCGCAUUGAAUCAUGAAACAAUUCAUUUGGCUUGGGGCCUUUUAUAUGCGUUUUUAGAUCGUGGUCAACCACUUGCUCGGCGUGAGAUUCAGUUAAUGGCAUGUGCUGCAAUCAUGGUUGCUUGCAAACAUGAAGAACGACAAAUGCCUCAUCUGAAUGAAUUUUUGUACAUAACGGACAACGCGUAUACAAAAGAAGAAUUCAUUGAAGCUGAACGCCGUCUACUGAUAGCGAUCGAUUUUGCUGUACAUCGUCCAAAUCCUUAUGUUUUUUUGCGUCGUUAUGCUAGGGUUUUAGAUGCACAUAGUGGGCCAGUUCAGUUCACAUCACGAUUUCUUUUAGAAGCUGGUAUGCACAGUCACACUAUUAGUUUGAAACGUGAGUCGCGCAAAGCUGCAGCUGUAUUGUGGCUUGCUCGAGUUGUUCUUCGUAAUCCGGCUUAUGCUGAUUGGACACGCAGAGCUGAUGUACAUCAACUUAGACACUUGAUACAAAACAAUCCUUUAGCUCAAUCAUAUUAUGCUCAUUGUCGAAAUCAGAAGUCUAAGAUAACCAACAACAAGGACAAUGCGCGAUCAAGAUUAAACCAAAUUGUUACAGCCAAUGCAGAUUUAUCAAGAUCCACUUACGAUCUGUCUGCUACGAAUUCAUGUGACAAUGAAUGUUUCCAGACUAAAUUCACGGAAAAGACUUCGUAUGGCUUGUCUACAGCCUGUGAUAAUUCUGACGAGUCAUCCAAUGAAGGAAAAUACACAAAUUUCUCAACACUUAUACGUGCACCUCAUUCCACACCGAGUGGUCAUAACCAUCAUAUGUCAACAUCUGUGAUUGAUUCUUUCUCUGAAAACCAUAUAUUUGAUGGUUUAGAUCCUUCUAUUAAAUCUGAUCUCGAAGCGCUGCGAUUAGAGGAAGAACAACGUCAACCAUUGUGGCCUCCAAUUUUGGAGCAUAUCACAGGUUAUAAAGAAGCUAAUUUAAUUCCGCUAGCUUUACGCUACCAUGCAAUAGCUUUAAGAUUAAUAGCUGAAGUGGCUCGUGGCGGACAUUUGGCUGUUGCCAAUACCAGUACAUCUGAUCAACCUACCAAUUUAAGUGUGAAACAAAAUAAUGAUGCAAAUGUUCAUAUGAUCGACGUUGAUGUGGAGGAUCCAUCUAAUCCGCAGAACUCACGUUGUGUAUCACCCGGGGGCCAUUAUUUGCGUCGCCAGUCUGUUACUAAAUAUUGUUCAAGUGCAUUUUUGAGUGUCGCUGAUGCCUAUCCUCAAUUGUCAUUUGACAAUUUUGUUCCAUAUUUCCCAUCUAUCCAAUGUGCAGAAACGUGUACGUGCUUUGUUUGUACAAAUCUUAUUCGUCGUUCUAAUUAGUCACUACCACUACAACUCCAACUAAUUCUUCCUACUACGUAUAUAUAUAAUUGUCUUUCGUAUGCUUGUAUGUAUUUUAUUCCUCAUAUUAUUUCGGGAGGUGAAUUAAAUUAUUCGGUAUUCGUAAAGUGCUAACGUGAUUUUUUCAUUGGUCAUCUCUGAAUUCUUCUGUAUUGAAGCAGAAACAUGUUCUUUUUAAUGUCUUUUCCUUCUCUAGUUUUCUUUUUAAUCUAUAUUAUUUAUUUUAUAUGUAUUAGUCAUAAUUAUUAUUGUGGUUUUUUUUCAUAGCAAAUUAGGAUUUUCAAUUUUAAGGCACCAUUAUAUGUGGACCGAUGCAUAUAUGUGCCUGAUCCUACAUUGUAUCUGACUGACUAUUAUAUUCAACUAAACAAAAAAAAGUCGAAAUUUCGCUGUGUUGUACUUUUUAUCCGUCCAAACGAUCUUUCCAAUUUUAUGUUAACAAUGUAUACAUACGAAUUAUGAUGUUACUGAUGAUUUUGUGUAUUUCCACAUAUAUGUUAUACGUCGAAUUAAAUUUAAAAUCCUACCAUAAAUAAAAAGUAAAACGCAAGUAUGGUGAAAGGAAUCUGGUUCAUUUAGUAAUUAAUGAAUCCAGUAUUUGCAUUUCAUCAAAUUAUAUCUCUGUCAAAUGUUUUACUUCAUUUAAACUUAUGUUUAUGUGUAACGCAUGUAACACUUAUUUAUUCGUUUUUGGAGUAAAUUAUUUCCCAUGGUUCUAUACAAACAUUUGUGAAACAUGUCCCAUUAUUGUGGCAUUUUUCCGUAUUUGUUUUAAUCCAACAAUAAAGGGACUAAAAAACCAGAAACAAAUAAUUCAGUCUUGAUCAACGAGCCUCGAAAAUAAAUGUGCGUUUGUCUAAAUUAAUAUAUUACAGCAGCUUGCGAAGAGGAGGUUAGCAAAAUUAGUACUAAAUCAAUCGAAAUAAUCGUAUUAGCAAUGGUAGUGAAAAAGACUAAAUAUCGAUAAUAGAGUUCAAGAAGGUUAACUGAAAAAGAAUGCUAGGAUUUGAGACCUGUAAGAUUACAAAGAAUGAGUACUACCUCUGCGUCAUUUUGAUCAUUUUUGAACCAUUUCUCUCUGAGUCUCCUACCACUCCUCGUGGAUAUUGCCCGAAUCACCCAUAGUCAAUCAGUGUAUUAACUGAUUCCACGUUUUGGUUUGACUGAAUUGUUAAUCUUCGUAAUACCUACUUCAGCGAUAUACAACGAGUUAGCUGUGGUUGCAUGCAUAUUACACGUGCCGGCCAUCUCAGUUGGUGGAAAUUUACAAUCUUACGCCUAGUACUGUGCAUCUAUCAUCACCGGUUGCACUUUCGUUCCACUGUAUUUGAACAUUGCUUUAAGGACCCCUAUAGUCGAAUGAUAGUAACCUAGGGAUGCUGUUUACUCCUGAAGACUACGUUUUACAACCAUAAAAUAAAACAAAUCAAACUUAUACGUAAAAUUCUCGUCCUUUGGUUGGUGGACGGUCAUCUCAUCUAAACCACAGAUGAGGCAAGUUAGAAAUAGGAAGUGUCCUUCCUCGAUUCCGAGGCAGUGUGGUCGACGAUCCUAAUUCCUUCAGCUCUUAUCAUCAGUAUGUGCGGUGACACAAACCGGUCAUGGGUUACCAUUUUACAUACAUCAUGAACAUACCUGGAUGACUGAAACUGUUCUGUUCAGCAUCAUUGAUUACGAUUGUCGUCUACGUACUCCAUCUCGAUUAGUGAGUUUUCGGAAAAAACCAGUGCCUGAAGAGUUUGGUUGAGAAAAUGAAAUUUCCGGUAGGAAACGGCCGUCCAAUGCUUCCAGGUUUUCCAUGGUGGUCUAGCUUCAAUUGACUCAUGGUCUUAACGAUUGAAAUUACCAUAACAUCCACAAAAACCCAAUAAAUAUUUAUUUAGGUGAUAGCAUGUUGUAUGCUUUCAAAACGUACGAUUGAAUUUUCACAAACUUCAUUUCAACCGAAACUUAGUUAUAAAAUUAUCCAGAUUUCAUAAUUGUCAGAAGAAAGAAUCUAAGUCUCAGAUUCUUUUCAUGUUUGUUGUGCAUUAACCCAUAAAGUAGAUCUGAAAUCGAAGAUUUAACCGAUAAUCCGAGUAUCUUCUUUAUCAUUAAGACUGAUUCCAAACUUUCAUAAAGACUUCAAUCUUAGUAAGACUGCUUUGUGAAGUAGAAGACCACUAAAAAUAUCAGUUAUUAUGAACUUCGUGUCUUAAGGGAAAUUACGAAACUUGGAUAGUCGGAUGGAUUAUAGAGAUUCAUAUAUAUUAAACAACUAUCCUGUCGACAUCGUUUCGUGAUGGAAACUGUCUUCGAAUUAAACGGAUCUUUACAUACCACCCACCUAAAUAAUUGUACACAAUUAUUAAACGUGUUAUUAAAUGACGAACGGAGAGUAUAUGAAUUAAGUUAGAAAUUGUGACAAACGUAUCUCCUUAGUAAUUGAGUAUUAUGGUGGUAAUUAUGAGUCCAGAAAUCCACAGUAGAAUUGUCUGUGCACUCGUAUAUAGCGAUCUUCAGUUGGGUUUAGUCUUCACCAGUUCUUUAAUCAAUGUCAGCCAUUCGUUGUUAUCAUGGUCAAUCUAGAUUCGAAUGACCAGAUGAAUAGUCUCAUUAGAACUGAAGAUUACUCAGUUAUAUGAUUUGGAGAAGCUUCUCAGCUUUUAAUAUAUUCACCAAAAUAAAUUAAUCCAAUGUAUCAGCAAUAAUAAAACUUUAUUCCACACAAUUUGUCUAGAUCAUCUGACUGAUAUUCAGCAUAAGAAGGACAAAACACAAGGUAUUUUAUAAUCCUUUCCUUGUAGCGAUGAUGGGCAUUUCUCGUCGUCAUUGUUUGAAAGAUAUACUCAUUCUGAAAAAAAAUCGCUAACGUAGACUUAUUUGAUUCAAACACUGCUGUCUAAAAAAUACCAACCCAAUAUUCAGCAGUUUUUGAUGACUUUUGUUGUAAACUUCAGUCCACGGUAAUGAUACUAACGCACGUUCUGCGUACUAAACAAUAGUCACUCGUUUCCGAACCAUUAAUCAGAAUGACUAAAAGGUACUUUGAAUGCCUCAUAUUAUACACAAAUUAUACCAAUGGCCUAUGUUGAAAAUUGUUCCUGAAGUUCCACAAUUUUGUUUUCUCACCUUUCGUAACACAUUAUUAUAAAAUAUCAAAAUAUCAGUGUACUUUUAGUAGAUUGAUGUGUUUUAUUAUCAGAAGAGGAUCUGUUGUGAGACAGUAACUUACUGAAGACAAUAGUGGACAGUGGCGCAAUUUCGUGAAUUGGUUGAAGUUAGACAUUAACACCGUUGGAUUUCGGCUCACUGGUCUAGAGGUUAAGCGUUCGCGUACGGGACCGGUAGAUCCUGUUUUCGAAUUCCGCGGGGCGUGAUCGUGCAUGCGCACUACUGAGGAGUCCUGUACUAGGACGGGACGGCCGUCCAGUGCUUCCGGGUUUCUCACGGUGGUCUAGCUUCAAUUGACUCAUAAAUUCAACUAUUAAAUGUUUUAUUCCUUAAUGAGAUCUAGCGUAGUUACUUGACCUUUACUAGUAACCUAAUG